UUUACCAUUCUCAAAUUCUUUCCAUAUUUUCUUGACUCAAUCACUCCCGUCUGAUCAUCUGCCUCCCUUAUAUAUAUUUCCCUUAUACUCUCCUUUGUUACAACACCCCAACCCAAAAAUCCCUUGUUUCUUUCUGCUUCCUUUUCUAUCGCCACUUAUGAAUGCUCUUGCAGCCACCAGUCGUAACUUCCGCAAUGCUGCUCGUAUUCUGGGCUUAGACUCUAAGCUUGAACGGAGUCUUUUGAUCCCUUUUAGAGAGAUCAAGGUGGAGUGCACCAUUCCCAAAGAUGAUGGAAGUCUCGUCACGUACGUUGGAUUUAGAGUCCAACAUGAUAAUGCACGUGGGCCUAUGAAGGGAGGAAUCAGAUAUCAUCCUGAGGUUGAUCCUGAUGAAGUAAAUGCUCUGGCUCAACUAAUGACCUGGAAGACGGCUGUGGCGGACAUACCAUACGGCGGAGCAAAGGGUGGGAUAGGAUGUGACCCAAAAGAGUUGAGUAAUAGUGAGAAGGAACGUCUAACUCGUGUCUUCACUCAGAAGAUUCAUGAUCUCAUUGGAACCCAUGCUGACAUACCAGCACCGGACAUGGGCACAAAUGCUCAGACUAUGGCAUGGAUCUUCGAUGAGUAUUCGAAAUUUCAUGGUCAUUCUCCAGCUGUUGUCACAGGAAAGCCUAUUAAUCUUGGUGGAUCAUUGGGUAGAGAGGCUGCAACUGGGCGUGGUGCUGUUUUCGCAACAGAAGCUUUACUUGCUGAACAUGGGAAUGCAAUAAGGGAUAUGACAUUUGUAAUUCAGGGAUUUGGUAAUGUGGGUUCUUGGGUAGCAAGGCUCAUUCAUGAGAGAGGUGGCAAGGUCAUUGCCAUAAGCGACAUAACUGGUGCAGUUAAAAACCCAACCGGAAUUCAUAUUCCUGAAUUGCUCAGGCAUAAAGAAAGUACUGGUAGUUUGAAGGAUUUCCAUGGUGGAGAUUCCAUGGAAUCUAGUGAGAUUCUUGUCCAUGAGUGUGAUGUUCUCAUCCCUUGUGCUUUAGGUGGAGUUCUGAACAGGGAAAAUGCUGCAGAUGUAAAGGCCAAGUUCAUAAUAGAGGGAGCAAACCAUCCUACUGAUCCUGAAGCAGAUGAGAUACUAUCCAAGAGAGGAGUUGUAAUACUUCCCGACAUCUAUGCAAAUUCUGGCGGUGUAACAGUUAGCUACUUUGAGUGGGUUCAGAAUAUUCAAGGUUUUAUGUGGGAGGAAGAUAAGGUGAACAAUGAGCUUCGGAGGUACAUGAUUAAAGCUUUUCAUGACAUCAAGAGCAUGUGCCAGACACACAAUUGCAAUCUCCGAAUGGGUGCCUUCACACUCGGGGUGAAUCGAGUUGCACGGGCCACCCUAUUGAGGGGUUGGGAAGCAUAAAUGUCUCCAGCCACAGCAUACCAAAGCAGCUUGGGAGCCACUCUUACCUCCCAUUAAGUUUUAUUAGUUUGUCUUUCCAGAAUUUUUUUUUACUUUGAAACAGAUUUAAGUGCAUUCUUUGGGGGGAUUGAAUUGUUAUAUGAAACCUGUGAUUCUUAGCAGCAACAAUUUUAAAAUAGAUUAGUUAGUCCCAUCAGUUUUGCAAUUGAAG